AUGAUGGUGGGAGUGUCGGCACUGACCCUGGUGACUCUACUGCUGGUCGGGGUGUCUGGACGGCCGUCCCCGCAACUCAAACAUCUGAAGUCUUUAGCUGAUCUUUUAUCCCAGGACCUGAGUUCCUCGGAGGAGGUCCUACUCAUGGAGAGUCUGGAAGAUUUGGGGGCAUCCAUCUCUGGGCCCCGCCCCCGGGACACAGCCGUGCCUCAAGACUCCUCCCAGCUUCCCACAAACCGCGCCUGGCUCCGCCUUUUCAGCGACUUCAUGAACAACCAGAAGAAGUUUCGAGGGCGCACAAAGAAAUCGGGAAACUCCCGCGGAUGUUUUGGGAUGAAGCUGGAACGGAUCGGAACCGUCAGCGGGCUGGGCUGUUAG